AGGAGAUGGUUGCAGACUUGCAGAGGAGAGAUAGCCACUUCUUUCUCUGUGCGGUCGAUGAUUUUCUACGAAGAUGAAGGUUUGAGGUUAUCGUCAAUAAGCCGCCGGCGUAGUUCUCUGUUUUAGGGCAAUUUUUGCGAUUUUUGGGGCGUCGAGGUAACCCGCAGAAGUUAUUCCACAUAGUUAUUAUUGAUCUGCAAGAUUUUAAUAGCAUUGAUCUUGCCAUCGACUGUUUUCCUUAUCCCGGCCUUCAAGAAGAAUGUUUGUGGGCAAUAAUACGAGUUCGACUUUCCCUUUUUUCUUGGAGGAGAAUCCAGUAUACUAUGAUUCCAACGCAUCCACGCAACUCGAGCUAUUUGCAAACAUUCCUGCUGUUUGCGAUGCUGAUCAGCUUAGGAAUCCUGUGCCUGAUGUUAAUGAUGUCUCUAGCUUAGAACUACCAAUCAAAAGAAGCAACGAGUCUAUAGACAUUGCUAGGCAGAACAACCUACAGAUUUCGUUGAAUAAUCUUUUUGACAACAAAGGUGAAAGGUCAGAAAGCAUUCCCAAUGUGAAUACUGUGUCCACUGGUCUUAGGCUGUUCUAUGAUGACGAUGAGCCUCAUUCCUCAAUCAGAACUGCAAUGGGGAGCAUGCCCUCGUUACCACUUCCAACUCUUCUUGAUAACAUAUGUCCUGAAAUCGAGCUUCAAAAUGAAGAAUUCAACCGUUACCUGAGAAUGCAGGAGGAACAAUUUGUAAAAGGUGCUACAGAGAUCCGGCAGCGGCAUUUUUCUUCUUUUGCGAGCAUGGUUGAAGCUGAAUUUUCAAGGAAGCUCCACGACAAGGACCUGGAGAUCGAGUCUAUAAACCGGAAGAACCGAGAGCUUGCCGACCAAAUCCGACAGGCCGCCGUUGAGGCUCAAACAUGGCAGCAGCGUGCCAAGUACAAUGAAUCAAUAGUGCACGCUCUGCAGAGCAGUCUACAACAGCUGAUGGAUCAAGGGGCUGUUGCUGCUGCAGCUAACCAUGGCAGGGAAGGGUGCGGCGACAGCGAAGUUGUUGAUUCUGCUACAUCCUUUGGUCUUAAUUCUGUCAUGGAUGGUGGCGACCGUUGGCAGAUGUCUUUGAGGAGGGCUUGCAAAGCUUGUAAAGGGAGGGAGUCGCGUAUGCUUUUGUUGCCCUGCAGGCAUUUGUGCUUGUGUAGGAGUUGUGAUGGAAUGGUGGAUGUCUGUCCUGUUUGCUUUAUUAGGAAAACUGCGAGUGUGGAGGUCAACAUGUCAUUGUAAUGUUAGUGAGGGGGGAGAGUGUAGCUGGUGGAACUUUCCUUCUUCGUCGAGUAAGACUCAAGAUUAGUUUUCUGCAACUGCGCCACCUUUUGUACCUUAUCGUUUUUUUUUUGGUUUGACUUAUCUUCUUUGUCUGAAGCAGGUAGGAAAAUCACUGGCAGAAUGUAAUAUAGUUCUUAAUGCUUUAAUGCAUGAAAUGAAAGGAAUCCAUGCUGUGGA